AUGGCUCCAGCCCGGAGGGACUGCAGCGGCUGGGAGAUGUUCCUCCCGACGGGAUGCCUGCUCCUCUCUGUUUUGCUAUUUCACCCUGCCCUGGCCAAGGUGUGCAACGACCGCACCAAGCACGGACAGGACAACAGCUGGUUCGCCAGGGACGGGGAAAACUUGCCCAUCAUGGUUCUUAUGCCCAUGAACGAGUCGGCCCUGAUGAGCGGCAUCAGCCAAGGCAUCGAGCCGGCGGUCCAGCUGGCCAUCCAGCACAUACGGGAGUCCAGGAAGUACUCGUUCUCCCUCAUCACCAAAAUCUACGACACCGAGUGUGACAACGCCAAGGGGCUGAGGGCCUUCUUUGAUGCCAUAUGCUACGGUCCCAAACACCUGAUGAUCUUCGGCGGUGUCUGCCCAUCUGUGACCUCCAUCAUUGCAGAAUCCUUGGAGGGCUGGAAUCUGGUGCAGCUGUCCUUUGCAGCGACAACCCCAGUUCUGGCAGACAAGAAAAAGUACCCCAACUUCUUCCGCACCGUCCCGUCAGACAACGCUGUCAAUCCAGCCGUGGUGAAGUUUCUCAACUACUACAACUGGAGCCGUGUGGGGACCCUCACUCAGGACGUCCAGAGGUUCUCGGAGGUGAGGAAUGAUCUGACCAGUGAGCUGGAGAAAGCAGACAUCCAGAUCGCAGACACAGAAAGUUUCUCCAACGAUCCCUGCGUCAAUGUCAAAAAGCUCAAGGACAACGAUGUGAGAAUUAUCAUCGGCCAGUUUGACGAGAGCCUGGCCUCCAAAGUCUUCUGCUGUGCGUAUAACCUGAACAUGUUUGGCAGUAAAUACCAGUGGAUUAUCCCCGGCUGGUACCAGGGCAACUGGUGGGAACAAGCCAACACCACCAACUGCACCACCAAGAAGCUGCUCACGGCCAUGGAGGGAUACAUCAGCGUGGACUUUGAGCCGCUCAGCGCUCGACAAAUCAAGGGCAUCUCUGGCAGGACCCCUAAGGAGUACGAGAGGGAGUACAGCCGAGAGCUUCAGCAGAAAGGCGUGGAGGCCAGCAAGUUUCACGGCUUUGCCUAUGACGGGAUCUGGGUCAUUGCUAAAACCUUUACUCGAGUGAUGGAACUGCUCCGGAUAAAACAGCGGCAAAACGUCUACCACAACUUCACCGUGGACGACCGCGAAGUAGGAAAAUUGGUGCUGGACGUCAUGAACGAGACCAACUUCUUCGGUGUUACGGGCCAAGUCAUGUUUCGUAACGGAGAGCGGAUGGGCACGAUAAAAUUCAACCAGUUUCAAGAGGGCCAGGAGGUGAAGGUCGGCGAGUACAACGCAAUCGCCGAUGUGUUGGACCUCAUCAACAACUCCAUCAGGUUCCAAGGUGUGGAGCCUCCCAAAGAUCGAACGUUUGUGCGUCUGCAGCGGCGCCACAUAAACGUGCCCCUCUACAGCAUCCUGUCCACCAUCACCAUACUGGGCAUGCUCAUGGCCGGGGCCUUCCUUUUCUUCAACAUCAAGAACCGAAACCACAGACUAAUCAAGAUGUCCAGCCCCUACAUGAAUAACCUGAUCAUCUUGGGAGGCAUGCUCUCCUAUGCCUCUAUCUUCCUGUUUGGUUUGGAUGGAGGUUUUGUUUCUGACAAAGAGUUUGAGACCCUUUGCACUGUUCGGACGUGGAUCCUCAUUGUUGGAUAUACGACGGCGUUCGGCGCCAUGUUUGCCAAGACCUGGAGGGUGCACGCCAUCUUCAAAAAUGUGAAGAUGAAGAAGAAGAUCAUAAAGGACCAGAAGCUGUUGAUUAUCGUUGGCGGGAUGCUGCUAAUCGACUUAUGCAUCCUCAUCUGCUGGCAGAUUGUGGACCCGCUUAAGAGGACUGUGGAAGAAUACAGCCUGGAGGCAGAUCCCCAAGGCCGAGACAUCGCCAUCCGUCCCUUCUUGGAGCACUGUGAGAACACCCACAUGACCAUUUGGCUGGGCAUCGUCUAUGCCUACAAGGGACUGCUAAUGUUGUUUGGCUGUUUCCUGGCGUGGGAGACCAGGAACGUGAGCAUCCCUGCCCUCAAUGACAGCAAAUACAUCGGGAUGAGCGUGUACAACGUUGGAAUCAUGUGCAUCAUCGGUGCCGCGGUGUCUUUCCUGACCAGGGACCAGCCCAAUGUCCAGUUCUGCAUUGUAGCCCUGGUGAUCAUCUUCUGUAGCACCAUCACACUCUGUCUAGUCUUCGUUCCCAAGUUCAUCACCAUGAGAACGAAUCCAGACGCAGCCACCCAGAACCGCAGGUUAAAGUUUACCCAGAACCAAAAGAAAGAAGACUCCAAGACGUCCACCUCGGUCACCAGCGUCAACCAGGCCAACACUUCUCGACUGGACGGGCUUCAAACCGACAACCACCGCCUCCGCAUGAGGAUAACAGAGUUGGACAAGGAGCUGGAAGAAGUGACCAUGCAGCUGCAGGACACUCCAGAGAAAACUCCGUACAUCAAACAGAACCAUUACCCGGACGCCAAUAACAUCCUCAGCAUACGCAACUUCACAGAUGGCAAAGAUGGAGAGAAGUCGAUACUGAAGAACCACCUGGAGCAGAAACCACAGGCACAGUGGGGCUCCAUGGAUCCUUCCAGAAUAAACAGAGGUCCCCUGGAGGAUAUCAACUCGCCUGAACACAUACAGCGCCGGCUGUCUUUGCAACUGCCCAUCCUGCACCAUGCCUACUUACCUUCCAUAGGAGGGGUUGAUGCCAGCUGCACCAGUCCCAACGGCAGCCCUGGUUCCAGCCCCAGGCACAGACACAUGCCCCCCUCCUACCGGGUAAUGGUCUCUGGCCUGUGA